UCCAAGUUAAAAUAUAAUAGAAUUAAAUUGUUAAAUUUAAUUUUUAGGGCGAUAAAAUCAAUUAUUUUUUUAGUGGAAACAGAAAUGAAAUUAUCUACAAAGUAUAAGGGGCUUUUUGAACCUUUAGUGCGAGAUGAAACUAUCUACAAAGUAUAAGGGGCUUCUUGAAUUUUUACCAAAUUGAGUGUAUCAAGUAUAAAGUGGCUGCGCCACCGUGUAACGCUGGUCCGGACGUCACUGGUUUAUACCCCAAAAAGAAAAAGAAAAAAAAAAAAAAAAAGCGAAAUACACAGACAUGAAUAGCAUCUGUGCUUGAUUUCAUCGAGUUCUCCCUUGCUUGCACUUUUAUGACGGAGCAGCCAUGGUAGUAAAGAAUUUUAGAAGUCUGAGUUUGAUCCAUCCAUGGAUUCUGCUUGAGAUUGUAACAGCAAACAGAGAGAUGGUAUGGAGGGACUUGGAGCUACGUGGGACGAUUCUAAUUAGCCUUCUUAGUCAAGUAGUCCUCAUUAUGUUGGGCAACCGAAGAAAAUAUAUAGCCGGAAAAUUAAUAAAAAUCAUCCUCUGGGUUGCUUACUUGUCUGCAGAUUGGGCUGCAACUGUUUCUCUUAGUGCUAUUUCUAAUAGCUUUGCGUAUUCAAAAGUAGACAGAAGCUAUGUGAUAAUGGCAUUCUGGGCUCCGUUUCUACUCCUCCAUCUUGGCGGUCCUGACACAAUAACGGCACUGUCAUUGGAAGACAACGAGUUGUGGCAAAGGCAUGCACUUGGGUUAUUUGUCCAGGUUUACUUAGCAUGCCAAAUCAUACGUAAAUCCUGGAUUAGCGCUCCCCUUAACGUUCUCGCGAUUCUAGUCCUCUUGGUUGGAGUAAUUAAGUAUGGGGAGAGGACUUGGAUUUUGUGGUCUCUGAGUAGUGAUAAAUUCAGGGAUUCUAUGCUUCAUGAUCCGGAUCCUGGUCCUAACUAUGCAAAAUUCAUGGAUGAGUACAGCUCAAAACAAGCAGAAGGUUACGAUGUUUCUGUCCAACCGCUUAUCGAAGCUACCACAGAUGUAGAGUUUGUCCUAGAUGUACCCAAGAACACUACUGUUCUGAAUGCGACCGUUUUGAAUACUUCCUAUCAUUUCUUUGUCAAUGUCAAGCCAUUAUUUGCAGACCUCAUCCUUAGUUUUCAGGACCGAAAGAAUAGCCGAUCUUUCUUCCUAACCAGGACCUGGGAAGAAGCUUUUGAUGUGAUUGAGUAUGAACUUGGGUUUAUGUUUGAUACCUUCUACACGAAGGCAAUUGUGAUCUAUACUUACGCGGGUAGCUUUCUUCGUUUCAUCAAUUUAUUCUUAACCGUUUUAAUAUUUGUAGGAUUUUGGGUGAUUGAUAAGCGAACUGAAUCACCUGGUGACAUGGGUAUCACAUACUUGUUGAUGGGUGGAGCUAUCGUCUUGGAAUUAUAUGCAACAACCACUCUGCUUUUCUCAGAUUGGUCCAUGCUUUGGUUCAGUAGACACAAGAAUACAUUUUUGGAUCUAUCUUAUCAGGUCAUCUCUUGGUUACGUCCACGGUUUCAGAGAUUUCAUCUGGUGCCUGCCAAUGACAAAUGGUCUGAUUCCUUGGCAGGAUACAAUUUAAUAAAUUUCUGUUUGCUUAAAAGACCAGCUAAAUGCAAUAAAACGAACUAUAGGGGUUCCUGCUGCAGCUUCAAAUGGUGGGGCUUCAUUCUUGCCAGUGCGCGAAAGUUCUGCAUUGAGAUGUGGCAUAGCGAUCGAUACACAAAUUUAGAAGUUAUACAAAAUGAUCUGAAGAGGUUGAUAUUUGAAGAUCUCAGACUGAAAUCAAUACAAGCAUCACAGCAAGCAGCAGAUAUGAUUAAAUACUGUAAGCAAUUAUGUGCUGAAAGGGGAGAUAGGGUACUCAGAGAAAAGGAGUAUUUUAGAACAGUUGGGUGGAGUGUGGAGGCGGACUUUGAUCAGAGCAUUCUUCUAUGGCAUAUUGCCACAGAUCUCUGCUACCACUUUGAUAUGGAGAAAAAUCCAUAUAUAGCUGAAAGUCCAACAUGCAAAGCAAGCAAAGCAUUAGCAGACUACAUGUUGCAUCUACUUGUCGAAUGCCCUUUCAUGCUGCCCAGUGGGAUUGGCAAGAUUAGAUUUCAAGACACUUGCGCUGAGGCCAUGGAAUUUUUUCAAGAAAGAAAGUACUUUCUGAAAGGGGAAUCAGAUCAUUGUAAGAAGGUAAAACUGAGAGCUCGCACUGCGUUGCUGAAAGUGAAUACUAAGAUCGAACCAUCUGAAGUGAAGGGGGAUAGGAGCAGGUCAGUGUUAUUCGAUGCAUGCGAGCUGGCUAAGUCUUUGCAGCGGUUGAAAACAGAGAAGAAUUGGGCAAAGGAGAAGUGGGAGAUGAUAAGUCAUGUAUGGGUGGAAAUGCUUUCGUAUGCUGCAAAUCAGUGUAGGUUUAAUUAUCAUGCGCUGCAGCUUAGACAGGGCGGAGAGCUGCUUACCCAUGUGUGCCUUCUAAUGACGCAUCUGGGUAUCAGUGAGAAAUUCCAGAUUGCAGAAAGCCAUGAGAGGGUAAAACUCGUUGUCACAUAAGACCAUUCCUAUGAUAAAAAGGAUUUUAAACAAUAUUCAAAUGCAAAAGCUAGUUAUUUUAGUUUUAUGGAUUUUAUUUAAGUUUAAUAGUUUGUUUGUUUUUUUCCCUUUUUUUCCUUAUAAGAAUCAAUCAUUUUAAUUUA